UGGAAACUUACGUUUUGUGAUUGAGGUGGACAAUUACAUCAAUAGUGAUACGUUUAUUUUCAAAAAUCAGUUCAAUAACUAAGGUGGAGACGAGAUUAAAUACCAUAACCCAGUUGUGCGUUAUUAUUGAUAUCCUUUGUUAAAAUGGAGAACAAUUUAAUCGAUCCAACCUCCAGUAGUUUAAGUCCUCAGGUGUCUUAUGCAUCAGAUGUAAGCCUUAAACAAGAUAGCAUUGCCUCCAAUGCUAAUGUUGAAUAUGCAUCCGAAAAAGAAUCUAAUCCUUAUGGGUCUGAAACCAUAAUAGACAAUAUCAAUAUAAAUUAUGAUAACACACUGUCUGAAGAUAAUGUAACUUAUAUACAACCUGAUGCUGCUAUAGUAACAGAGGGAAAUUAUAUAGUUCAAACAACUACAGAGUAUUGUUUGGUUACAACAAAUGAUAGUAUUACUAAUACUACUAAUAUUACUGUUCAAUCCAGUGACCCAAGCAUUACUUAUGAACCUGCUCAAGUUGUUGAUACUACCCAAACAAGCUUUGUAAGUGACCAAUUACAAACUAAUACAGAAUAUUUAUCAAGUACUGAUGCUGAUCAGGAAACUUUUGUGUCUCAAUACAUUCAAGAAGCUCAAGCAGGCAGUCAGUAUCAAGACACUACUCCUACUGAUAACUAUUUGUUAUCAACUAAUGUAGUUGGCCAAGAAGAAAGCUCAGAUAUUCAAAUCCCUGAUGCAGUAGCAGUCAAAUCUAAAAGUCAAGAAGAAAAUCAAGUUGAGUCAGAAACGAAUAUUUCCGAUACAAAAGAAAUAGACGACAUAGUUACCCAAGUAGCAGAUGAAACAUCCGUUCAAAUGGACGCUCCAAAUCCACAAACAAGGGAACAGUGUGAGAACACUGUUUCAGAAGAGAAUUCACUGCAAUCCUCUGGUAGUCGAAAUGAAUUAGUUAUUGACGGCAAUUCUCAAACUUCGGCGGAAACAAGUGAAGUUUCUUGCUCAAAUGGAAGUAAUACAGGAACUACAGUUGAAGAUGCGGACGUUUUUCAAGAAGCUGUAGUUGAAAAUAAUCAAAGUGUGGAAGGAGAAAAUGAUCACAAAAACUUUCUUCAGAAUGCUGAGCAGGCUGAUGUGAAAAAUGGUACUGAAGUAUUAAUGGUUUCUGACGUUGAUGAAGACAUUGACAACACUCAGCAGAAAAUUGUUUAUGAAGAGUCAGAGCAGAUGAAAAUGGAUACAACCGAUCAAAAUGAUAUCAUAUGUGAAUCUGUUGAUUCAUAUUGUGAAUCUGUUGAAUAUUCAACAUCUGUCGAAUCUGAAACAACAAAUGACACAGACAUGUCUUCUGGUACAAGUUAUGUUUCGCAUGAAAUACAACCACAGGAAACCGAUAUAAAAAUUAUUCAGUUUCCAAGCGACUCAGAAAGAAUUACUUUGGAAGGUUACAACAUCCCUGGAGAGAUAGAAGUUACAACUGUGUCAGGUGAGAUAUCCCAUAAUGCACAGUUUGAUGGCCAACACACCAUUGAAAUAUCCAAUGAUGCACAAGAAGAAAUUUUAUUGAUCCAAACAUAUGAAGAGCCGGAAACCCAGGAACCUGAGAAACCUAAACCUAAACCAAGGAAAAGUAUUCAGAGGAGAGUUAAGACUGGUGUCAACGCCAUUUCUGUGCCAUCUCAUGUGUUGGGUGUGGACAUUAAGUCUCCUGUAGAUCCUGUAAAUGGUAACAAACCAAGACUUGGAGUGAAAAUUCCGUGCAAAAAUUUGCAAAGUCAAAUUGUUUCCAAGGAAGAGUUGCAGAAAGAAAUUAUGGCUAGAUCAAAAGUGAAGCAGGAACAGAAAAGUGAUUUGAUGUUUGCUAGACGUUUGACGUCUAGGUUAGCCAAGAAAUUAAUUUCACCAGCUGCAACUCCCAAAGCUAAGAAGAACAGCCAAACAAGUCAGAACAAGAUAAAUGAUAACUCAGACUUACUUGCUAUAUUGGAAGGAGAUGAUGUAUCACAAGAAACUCACGUCAAAACUGAAGUGGAAGGUAAACAGGUCAAGCAAAAUAAUCAAACUGAGUCCGAAGAAGUUGUUGAUGAAAACUUAAAGAUGUUGGAAAGGGAGAUUGCCUUGCAACAACUGCAGGAAUUGCCAAACCUGGCUCCUACAGUCAGAUUUAUUUCAAAAGGUGGCAUCAACCAGAGAGUUCCAAACCCUCAAAUUGAGGUAAUUAGAGAACAAGUUGAGAUAAAUGAUGUUCCCCUUUCUGAGAAUCCUGUUCAAGAACAAGAUUCGUAUGUAAUUGAUCAGACCCCAAAUAUUUUUUCAAAAAGUGAUACUUUAGUUGAAGACACAAUGGAGGUUGAGCCUCAAGUAAAGGUAAAUAUGGUUUUGAAGACUUAUUCUAGGAAACGAAAAUCCAUGGAGACUGACAGUACGUACGAAUCUUCCGCGGUAAAAAUGGCAUCUUUCGACGACGAAAGUAACCCCCCUGCAGAAAAGAAAAGGGAAAAUAAACAGAUAAAAUUGGAAAAGGACACACCCACUAACGUAUAUAUUACAAAAAGUUCGCGUGUUAUUAAGAAGAAAGUUAUUUGGGACCCAGAUGGAGCACCUGCCAGAACUCUGGUCAAAGUAAAAACUGAGCCUGUUUCUGUUAAAAACGAAAAAGUUGUCGGCGAUGAGUCGUCGGAAGGACCCACAGUUGCUGAUAAGAAAACUGACUCCAGAAGUCCCUUGAAAAAAACUGAAAAGAAGCUUGAAAAAGUACCAGAAUCUAAGGUGCCAGACAAGGUGGUUAAAAAAGUAAAGGAAAAGACCCAACCAAAUGCUGACCAUAAGAUUGUGACCACACCAAAGAAAAGCCCAAGCCAGAAGAAACGUCUGAGUGAAAUCGAUAAACUACUGAUGGAUGAAGGUGCUGUUAACAUGUUGUAUGACGUGAAGAACGAAGAGGGCGGCGAGACUCGAAAGAACAAAAAGACGAUAAACUUGGACAAAGCGAACAAAGAAAUGAUCAAGCGUGCGAACGAGAUUAAGAAUGAUCUUCAAAGCAACACCGAAUCUGAGACGCCAAAAUCCUUACGUAAAAAAGAAGCACCAGCGAUUGCAGCACCGGUUAAUAGAGUGGCAGUUACACCAGAUGCCCAGCAGAGGAAAAAAUCCAAGGAUUCCACGAGAUCUUCGAUACAGACUCCCCCUGCGUCGCCGGCGUAUUCGUACCAGGAGUCGUCGAGGCUCAUCAGGCGUCGUUCGAGUAGCUCAAUUUCCAGCGUUGAGGAUCUUGAAGAUGAAGAAUUGGAUGACGCAAAGUCCCAGAAGAAGUUAAAUACUGAAGGUGAAAAUCCUAAAAUUAAAAAAAUUAAGAAGUCGCCUAAAGAGCCAGAUACCACUGUUCAGCAAAGUGAGGUCUCCAAGCCGGAGGUGGUGGAAGAAGUUAUUGAGAAGACUGGCUCAUACAAAUCAUUUACCAUUAAGAAGACUGGUAAAUUGAUUUCAAUGGACUUACAUUAUAUCAACGAGUAUUCAUAUUGCACUAUACAGGUUUUGAAAGAAUUAAUUCAAGCCUUCAAACAAUUUUCAAAGGAUAAAGAUUGUAAUGUGGUGUCAAUCACGUCAAGCAGUAAAUCUUUUUGCUUGGGCUUGGACUAUAAAAGCCUAGUAGCAGAUUCCCCAGAUUUAAGGAAAAAGAAAGCUGUUGAGUUGUCUGGGUACCUUAAAGAUUUUUUAAAGUGCCUUUUAAAUUUUCCCAAAGUUUUGGUAGCUGGGAUCCAAGGAGACUGUGUAGGUUUAGGAGUUACAAUGUUGCCCUUAUUUGAUAUGGUUAUUGCUAGUGACACAGCUACGUUUAGCACCUGCAAUUCGAGUUUAGGAUGCACCGUCGAGGCGGCAUAUUUAUUAACCUUCCCGCAUCUUCCCAAUCGUGGUUUGGCUAGCGAACUGCUUUACACAACAAAUAAAAUUCCGGCGGACGAUGCGGUUAGGAGAGGCCUUGUCACCCGCCUUUGUUGGCCUGAAAAAUAUCACGAUGAGUUCAAAGCGAUGUUAAGCACAAUAUCAAAAGGAUCUAGACAGAGCCUACAAGCCACAAAGAAACAGCUGAACUUAUUUUCUCUGAAGACAACAGAGGCGGCGAUAAACUCUGAAUCGAGCAUUUUAAUUGAACAAUGGACUAGUGAUGAGUGUCAAAAGAACUUUGCUGAACUGUCUUAAAUUGUGUCAUGUAAAAUUAUAUUACCUAUGGUACAAAUUAAUAUUUUAUUACAGUAAUAAGUGAAAAAUUUAUUGACCUGUAUAUAUGAACAUCAAAAUGUUCCAUAUGAUUGGUAUAAAUUAAAAUAUUUUUUUAUAUUUUCUUAAACUUAGACUAAGAAUAUCCUAUUGUUAGGAUCCUAAACUUAUAAUAUAGAAUUUUGUAGAGGGUUGUACAACCCUAAGUAAAAAAAUAUAUUUUGAAAAUCCAAAGAUUGGUGCAAUUUAAAAACUUGACUAGAGUAUGUUAUCUUUUAAUAUAUGUAUAUUAUUGUUAUAUUCUUUACAAUAAUUAUCUUGUAGUAAGAUAAAAUUAUCAAAUACAUGAUUUCUGAAAAGCUCUAUCUAUAUAAACCAAGUUUAAAAUAAUUUGUAAUCAUUUUAGUGGCUCUAUGUGUAUGUUGCAUUUCACAAUAAUUAAAACACAUUUUGGAAACAACCAACGUUUUUGAUUUUGAACAAAUCAAAACCAAAACUAACUUUUUAUUGUCUGUUUUGUUGGAAUUUUUAAUAUUGAUGUGUACCAUAAUUAAAUUUGAUUUUCUAUAAAUAGAUUUGUUGUGAUAUCUUCUAUCGUUUCUUAAUUGAAUCAACCAAUCAGUCAAUCGAAAAAGUGCUUCCCGAUAUUUUAUAACAGUUAAUUAAAUUGCGACACUACAUGUAGAACAUUUUAGUGACUUAACAUAUACACUAGUAUGUAAUAUGUAAAUUAUAAUUGUUGAUUUUUCAAAUUAUUGUUAACUUUUUAGUCCAUGCACCGACAUUCACCUAAAGAGGAUGAUUCCGUGAAUUACUCUUGAAUGGUUACAAGGUUGAAUUUUAGAUAUACCUGUAGUGAUAGUAAUGUUUCAGUUUCUGAUAGAGUACUUUAUAUAAAAUCUGUUUUUUUUGUCAAACAGUAAAUUUAAUUUUUGAUUUUACUUUUAAGUUUGUGUUUGCUCUAAGGAAAGGCAGGUUCUUUAUAAGUAUAGUAUUUUAGUGAAUGUUUGGAAUGUAAACGAGAGAAAUGACGCAAUUUGAAAUUAUGAUGUGUUUGAAUUUCUUUUAUUAUGUGACAAUAUAUUGUUUAUAAAAAUAAAAAGUUUUUUGAAUACGUUUAUUUAUCACCUUUGUCUCACUCAUUAAUAAAUUGGUAAUUACAAAAGUAUUUUGAUUAGUCAUUUCUUUUAGUGUUAUAUGUUUUCAUUAGAUUUGUUGUACAAAACCAAAAUAUUCAUAAUAGAUGAUUUAUUUGUUAUGUUAAAAUAUCAUGUAGUAUAUGACAUAUUCACAAUAUAUUCUUUCUAAAUAUUUAUAAA